AUUAGGUCGCGGAGGAAAGUUGCGCUUCGGUCCGACUGCGAUCGCCUGGACCUCAUUUCACUCUCGCGCUCUGCCGCAAGCGAAAGUGAAUCUGCUGAGUUGCCCCCAGGAUUUCGAACGUUCUUCAGUCUGACCAAUCGGCAGAGGCCACGCCUGAGCGUCUGCGACAGCGCCUGAAGAUGGGGGGCAAACGAGGUGAGAAGACUGGCGAGAUGGCUGACGGGCAGCGGUUCGCCGUUCUCAGCUACGAGCAAGUCAGCAAGCUGGACGCUGUCAUGGAAGAAGUGAUGCCCAUCCACGGGCGCGGCAAUUUUCCCACCCUCGAGGUGCGACUCAAGGAUCUCGUUCGAGUCGUCAGGGCCAAGCUGGAGAGCGAGCAAUCCGUUGCUGUCCGAGAUAUCAGAUUGAACGGAGGUGCUGCUAGUCAUGUGCUUGCCCCAGAGGCGUCGCCAUACAAUGACCUCGAUCUCAUCUUCGCUGUGGAUCUCUCGAACCAGCGCAAUUUCGACAAAGUGAAGACAGCUGUCCUGGAUUCGCUGUUGGAUUUCUUGCCAGAAGGCGUCGUCAAGAAGCGAAUCAGCUCUUGCAGUCUGAAAGAAGCCUAUGUCCACAAGAUGGUGAAGGUAACGAACGGUGAUCGCUGGAGUCUAAUCAGUCUGAGCAACAACCGUGGCCGCAACAUCGAACUGAAAUUUGUCGACACGAUGCGCCGACAAUUCGAAUUCAGCGUCGACUCUUUCCAGAUCAUCCUCGACUCACUUCUUCUGUUUUACGGAUGUUCCCAGAUGUCGAUGAGCGACAACUUCUAUCCGACCGUGGUUGCCGAGUCCGUGUAUGGGGAUUUUCAAGAAGCUUUGUACCAUCUUCACAAAAAGCUAAUAGCCACCCGAAAUCCAGAAGAAAUUCGCGGUGGGGGACUUUUAAAAUACUGCAACCUACUGGUGCGAGAUUAUAAACCAGCCAGACCAGACAAGAUCAAACAUCUGGAGCGGUACAUGUGUUCACGCUUCUUCAUCGACUUCGGUGAUAUCAAUCAGCAGAGGGCGAAACUCGAGAGUUAUCUGGCAAACCAUUUCAUGGGAGAAGAGCAGAACAAGUACGAGUACCUGUUAGUUUUGCAUCGCGUCGUAGAUGAGAGCACAGUCUGUUUAAUGGGCCACGAGCGUCGUCAGUCCCUGGCAUUGAUAGAGGAACUUGCGUGUCGCACUUACUUCUUAGAACAUCAAGCGAAAGACUUGUUCCAGCCACAUCCACAUAUUGUCUUCGGCGGAGGCUUCUUCUUCACUCCUUACGCAUCCUACCCAUGCCCUUGCUCUUGGAUGCCAUGCACGUGACCCAGCCGGGAUUCACGCUUUUUGUGCCAAUGAUCCAGGACAUCUUUUAACAUUUCUUUCCUUCCGCCGAAGCAUCAAGAAAAAUGAAUGGAUCCCGGUUUUGUGUUCUGUUCUGUUGUUGUGUAUAUUUUUAGGUGAUAUUUAAUUUUUCUUCGUCUGAACGACUGUCCCUCAAAUCCUUCGUAGCCUGCGAUUCUUCACAAAAAUCCCCUAUUGUCUGACACUCGAUUGCAAAUAAACCAAGACUUUGCUGCCAUGUAGACAAAUGGAUAAUCAUCUGUAACCGUGACGAGACAGUUUUCAAGUGCAUCGGUGAGCCCUCUUACUGAUCCGCGAACAACAGAUUGUCCUCUCCGUCCAAGCGGCUUCCAAACGAAAAUCUGCGCACAAUUCACGACUUUUUCAGGGCACUGGAACUCCAACCAAACUGCUGACCAAAUUCGUCUGCGAUUCUUUAUAAAUAUUGGACUAAACCAAAUCGGCAACGUUCUUCUCAGCAUUCUUCCUCUUCAGCAAAUCGUGUUAACAUGUUACUAUUCUUUUUUCGCAAUGUUAUCUCCUGUUUGAUUUUUCGAUGUAGCUAACUGCAUCGCCUCCUGGUUGUCGCCAAUCUUGAGUUCUCCUGUUCUCAGUCUAGUCAUGUCUAGACUUGCUUUCUUAUCGUAGAGUUGCGAAGGUCAUCCCCGAUAUAGUGCUAUAUGAUCGCCGGGGCAGUCGGCGAAAUUUUUGGUGUUUGAAAGAAUUUUGUGACAUAACAUUGACAGUGUUGAAAAAUAUAUCUAUAUAUAUUGAAAUGUAAAAAAAGAAAAAAAAGGUAUAUUGAUAAUAUUUAAGGGUGAAAAAAGGAAAAAAGAAUCGAAUUUUCUUUGUAUGAAUAGUUAAGUUUAAAUUGUGGUAUUUAACUGAAUUUUAAUUUUUACAGUAUAACAUUAUCUUGAGCCUGUGUUCUUUCGUAAAUUUUUAUGAGUUACAUUUUUAGUUAACAUUAGUGUGUAUAUAUUAAUCUUGUUUUUAUGCUAGUCUUCCUCUUCUGUUUAAAAAUGAUCGACACUGCCCGUAGUGAUUGGGAUACGUAAAUAUUUUGUUUAAUUCUAACUCAGUUUUUUUUUAUUCGCGUUCUUGUAUGCGUAAUUACUGCCAUAUAACUUGGGUCAAGGAGUUUAACAUUUGUCAAAAACAGAAAUCGUCUUGGAUAUGUGUUCAGAAUUAAUGAGCGGAAAAUAUCGUGAUAGUUGCAAAAAACGUAAAUAUUUAGUAAUUGAGAAAAAGGUUAUUGAAAAAUGUAAAAUUUGAAUAUUUUAAAAUUAAAUAUUAGAAUAUUUUAUUAAAGUAAAAUUAUUAUUAAAGUUACAAGUUAAAGUAAAAUUAUUAAAGUAAUUUAGGUAUUAAAUCAAAUAUUUGGUUGCAAAAAAACUAAAUAUUCGGUAAUCCAUGCUAGGUUUGCUAAUCUGUUAAGCUUUGUGCAUGUUACAAAAACCAUUUUAUUCAUGAACCAUUUUAUUAAAAAAUUUGUUUUAAUUACCA